UGUGUGUGCGUGUGUGUGUGUGUGUGUGUGUGUGUGUGUGUGUGUGUGUGUGUGUGUGUGUAUGAAUUAAACCCAGAUAUCACCGCAAGACUUCUGGAACGUCAGACAGAAAUCCUGGAAAGCGCAAUUCCACCGGAUGAACUGGCCGAUGUUGCCAAUGAACUGUAUAUUUUGACAAACGCCAAUCCAGGACAGCUGUCCAACACUGAUAUUGGUGCCAUCAUUCCCGUUGUUGGAGCAUUGGCCAAUUCUUUGGCUGAUGGGAACCUAGACUUACCACCAGAGUCAGUGGACAUGAUUGCACGAGAUGUCUUUUCAGUUGUUGACAACACCUUGCAAGCAGAUGCCACAGCUGCAGCAGCGGAUGAUGCCCAGGAGACAUUGAGGAAUGCAGUGUCCAGUGCUGUCAGCUCGCUUCUGACUAACCGGACAAUAGCCGGCAGUGUGCAAGGUGCUACUGUUGUUGGCGACUCCGUGUCCGGUGCUAAUAUUAUUAAUAACGAUGCUGCUACAGCAAUCACGGUCUCAUUUUCAGAUGAUGAGACCCCUGCUCUGGCUGUUGGUGCUGGAGCCAUGACUGGCAUGGCAUCUGUACAGCUGACAUCUGAUGCGUUUAACGCAGCAGCAUGUGAGAACAGGAACGAAACAACUAACAUCUGCAUGGAUGACUUUAGCGCAGUCUUCACACAGUUUACCGACUUCGAUCUGUUCCGGGAUGGCAACUGUAACAUUGGAUCAUCCAGCAUCCUAGGUGUUUCGGUCUAUGGACAGCAUGUUACCAGGUCUCGCAACGGUGAAACGCUUGUUCGGGUCAACUUCUCAGUCAGUGUGGGUACGAGUACCGGUGCCCGCUGUGCUUUCUACAAUGUCACACUGCGACGGUGGAGUACGGAAGGAUGCCGCACUGUCCUGUCCAUACCGGGUGUGGUGACGUGUGAUUGUGAUCGUUUGGCAAACUUUGCAAUCCUGCUGACUGGAGACGCACCAAGCCAAGAAGAGGACCUCAGCAUAGUUGCAUAUGUCGGUUGUGGAAUUGGAAUCCUGGGCCUGGGCUUGGCUAUAAUUCUGCAUUUGAUAAGCCGGAAACACCUUCGGAAAGUGCAAACAAGGAUACACCUGUGCAUCUGCCUCUCUCUCCUUUCCCUACUUGCCGUCUGCUGUGCUGUGGAAGAGGCGCGCAGUGAUGACACGGCGUGCCAGGCUGUCGGCAUUCUAACUCAGUUUUUCCUCAUCCUGACAUUCUGCACCCUGGCAGUCCAGGCAGUAUUCCUGUAUCGGGAGCUGAACGUGAUCUUUUCUCGAGAAAAGACUUUCCUCUACAGGUCGGCUUUCUUCUCAAUUGCUGUCUCGCUGGUCGCAACAGCCAUUACAGCCUACUUCUCGCGCAACCAGUACGCAAUGAGAAAUGUCGUCAAUGAAGGUUGUUCUGCCUCAGAGCUCGUCACAUCCCAGUACCCAUUCUGCUUCGUUACGGGGACGCCAUUCUUCGCCGGUGUCGUUGGUGUCACAGCCGCCCUGAUGUUGCUCAGUACAGCGGUGUAUGCUUCGCUGCUACGCGUGCUAUGGCAGGAUAAGAGGGAUGUGACGACGGCCAGCGACCGACGCGAGCUGUGGCACGAUGCCAGCCGUACGCUCGCCUCUCUCGGCGUGUUCCUGGUGAUUUCGGCCGGCUGGAUUGAUGCUUUGGUCAUGAUUCACACGGGGAACAGCAUAGCUACCGAGUGGAUAUUUGCUGCCACAAAUGUACUACUGCUCGUUGCUCUGCUACUGUUCUAUAUCAUGACAGGUAUUGAUCAGUACAAGAACGUCUAUGGAACAUCUGGUACGAUUGAACAUGAAAUGAACAAAAUGGAGGAAACCUUCAAAGCCUAGAUAGAACCUUCAACCUUUUGAAUAGGUGCUUUGUGUUCCAUUACCAAUUCAUGCACAUCCUGAAUAUCAUAGGUCAGGACAUCUUAGACAAAUUAUGUCUAGAACUUUUGAAAGUUUAAAUUUGAGAACCUCUGCUCUUUCUGCUGUAUAACUACUGUCCUCUGCCCCAUUUGGUUUUCCUUUAUAAAAUAUUUUGCUUUUUCACCUCCAAGACUUACUCAAUUUUAUUGCUUCACUUUAAACUUGAAAUGGCAUGAUGUGAAAAAGUCA